GAGCGAUCGAGCGAUCCGGGCAGCGGCAGCGAUGGAGGGUCCCGCGGUUCGGCUGCUGCUCGGCAGUGGGCUGCUAAGAAGAAACUUCCCAACUGGCCUGUCUUCAUGGAGAAUUCCUCCUCAUGUCCUAAAAUCUACCCAGUCAGAAGCUGCACUCAAUAUGACAAAUAAUGGAUCACCCUUGGCCCCACUGCAAACAUUUACAGAUGAGGAAAUGAUGAUAAAGAGCUCAGUUAAAAAAUUUGCACAGGAGCAAGUUGCUCCUUUGGUUUCAACCAUGGAUGAAAAUUCAAAAUUGGAGAAAUCAAUAAUACAAGGAUUAUUUCAACAAGGGUUGAUGGGUAUUGAAGUUGACACAAAAUAUGGAGGAACAGGAGCUUCAUUUUUUUCCACUAUCCUAGUGAUAGAGGAAUUAGCCAAAGUUGAUGCAUCCGUGGCUCUCUUUUGUGACAUCCAGAACACAAUAAUUAACUCGCUGAUUAGAGAACUUGGAACAGAAGAACAAAAGGCCACCUAUUUGCCUAACCUGGUUACAGAAAAAGUAGGAAGUUUCUGCCUUUCAGAGGCUGGAGCAGGUAGUGACUCAUUUGCUUUGAAGACUAGAGCUGAUAAAAAGGGAAAUUAUUAUGUAAUCAACGGGUCAAAGAUGUGGAUUAGCAGUGCCCAGCAAGCCGGGCUCUUCCUUGUGAUGGCAAACAUAGACCCCAACCUUGGAUAUAAAGGAAUUACCUGUUUCCUAGUAGAUCGUGACACUGAAGGCCUUCAUGUAGGGCAGUCAGAAAACAAAUUGGGGAUCAGAGCUUCUUCCACCUGCUCAUUAACAUUUGAAAAUGUCAAGGUUCCAGAAGCCAAUAUCUUGGGACACCUUGGACAUGGUUAUAAGUAUGCCAUCGGGAGUCUUAAUAAAGGAAGAGUAGGAAUUGCUGCACAGAUGCUGGGACUGGCCCAAGGAUGUUUUGACUACACUAUGUCAUAUAUUAAAGAAAGAAUGCAAUUUGGCAAAAGAAUAUUUGAUUUUCAGGGUCUCCAACACCAAGUGGCUCAUGUGGCCACCCAGCUGGAAGCUACAAGAUUACUAACAUACAACGCUGCUAGGCUUGUAGAAGCUGGAAGGCCAUUCAUAAAAGAAGCAUCUAUGGCCAAAUACUAUGCAUCAGAGAUUGCAGGGCUGACAACUAGUAAAUGUAUUGAGUGGAUGGGAGGAGUAGGCUACACCAAAGAUUACCCUGUGGAGAAAUACUUCCGAGAUGCAAAGAUCGGUACAAUAUAUGAAGGUACUUCCAAUAUCCAGCUGAACACCAUUGCAAAGCACAUCGAUGGGGAAUACUGACUGACAUCCAUAGGAAGGGGACCCCUCCCUGGUGUCACUGGUUUGGUUUGUCUUAGGGCUCAGAUUUGUGUGGGUGGAGCUGGACUUAACCCUGCUGUCAGGUUAGUAUUGUUAGUGAUUUCAUUUUAUAGCAUGAAAAUGGAUUAGUGUCAAACAUUUUUGAAUCAUGGAAAGUUAAACCUAGAAAGAUGAGAGAAGCAUCUACCCAACUAUCAUUUGAAAAGUGAAGGAUUCACUUUAGUAACCUAGGUUCCUUGCCCAAGAUCAUCCAUCCACAGACAAAGACAGGAAUCCACACACAGUGGUUCCCAAUUCAGUGUUCUCCUUAUUAAACAUUUUCUCAUUUCAACAAAUGUUGGAUUUCAUCCUUGUUAUAUUUUGUUGAUUUAUUUUAGUUUAACUGAUAAAAAAUUAAUGUUUAAGAAGUAUUAUAAUUGAUAAGUGUCAUCACUUACAUGUGUUAAUCACUUGCCAAAGACACUGGCGUAUAGUGAGCUCUCCUAGGCUGUGUAGCUUGUAUGUGAAAUGUGAAGAUUAUUGUGUGUGAUCAUUUGGUUUCACUGAUAUGAUGUAUUUUAAUAAAUGUACUAGUUAUAUCCUU